CACUGAUUCAACACACGCCCACUGUCACGGCUCCAAGAGGUUGUAGCAUUCGUAUUCUUUUGUCUGCUUUUGACUUUGGCUCUUUUUGGUGACUGAGCUUCUGUGCCCCUGUGUCGCGUUUUUCUCCAAGACAACAAAAUCUGCCGCAAUGGAUGAGCAAUAUGAUGCGAUCGUGCUGGGCACUGGCCUGAAAGAGUGCGUCCUCUCGGGCCUGCUCUCGGUCAACGGCAAGAAGGUGCUGCACAUGGACCGCAAUGACUACUAUGGCGGUGCCUCAGCCUCCAUGACGCCCUUGGAGAAGCUGUACGAGGCCUUCAAGAAGCCCAAUUCACCUCCUGAGAGCAUGGGUCGAGGCCGCGACUGGAAUGUUGACCUUGUGCCCAAGUUUCUCAUGGCCAAUGGUCUGCUAGUCAAGAUGCUCCUGCAUACGGAUGUCACCCGCUACCUCGAGUUCAAGAACAUUGAGGGCAGCUUUGUCUGGAAGAAGGGCGGCAAGGUGCACAAGGUCCCCUCGACCGAGUCGGAAGCGCUGACCAGCGGCUUGAUGGGUAUUUUUGAAAAGCGUCGUUUCCGCAACCUUUUGGUGUGGGUCAUGGGCUACGACGCUGAUGACCAAGAGACUUGGAAGGGUUUGUCUCCAGACAUGCCCAUGAAGGAGGCCUACGCCAAGUUCGGUUGCGACGGCAAUACUCAGGACUUUACCGGCCAUGCCUUGGCGCUUUACACCACUGAGGAUUACCUGGAGCAACCACUGCUCGAGACGGUCAAGCGCAUCAAGCUGUACCGUGAUUCAGUGGCCCGUUACGAGGGCACCAAGAGUCCUUACCUCUACCCUCUCUAUGGUCUCGGCGAGCUGCCUCAAGGCUUUGCUCGCCUCUCGGCUAUCUACGGUGGUACCUACAUGCUGGCCAAGCCAAUCGAAGAAGUUGUCAUGGAGGGUGGCAAGGUCGUGGGCGUCAAGUCGGAGGGCGAGGUGGCCAAGGCACCUUUGGUUAUUGGUGACCCAUCCUACUUUCCGGACCAGGUCAAGAAGGAGGGAGAGGUUGUCCGUGCCAUUUGCUUGAUGGACCACCCCAUCCCUCAGACCAACAAUGCCGUCUCUUGCCAAAUCAUCCUUCCCGGCAACCAGGUUGACCGCAAGAAUGACAUUUACAUUGCCUGCGUCUCGGCUGCGCAUCACGUUGCUGCCGAGGGCAAGUACAUUGCCAUUUGCUCCACCAUGGUCGAAACUGGCAAUCCUGAGGCAGAGCUUGCACCAGCUUUCCAGACGAUUGGUCCAGUGCUCGAGAAGUUUGUGAGCGUUGAUCCUCUCCUUGUCCCCACUGGUGAUGGCAAGGACUCGGGCAUCUUUGUCACAAAGUCCUAUGACGCUUCUUCGCACUUUGAGACGACCUGCCUUGACAUUCUUGAUGUGUACAAGCGUUGCAUGGGCGAGGAACUUGACUUGGACACUCCUCGCAAGCCGGCAGCGGAAGAAUAAGGCCGUGGGGUCUUUACCUCGCAUCCUGGCCUUGACGUGCUUAACAGCGCACUGGUUGUCUGCUUUCUCAAGCGCGCAAUUCCCCAAACAGGCGCAGAGGAUUUUCACUGGGGGAUGUUGCUGACGCUUUGUGUUGCCCUCGUUUGUUGUACGUGUGCGUGUCGUGCAGCGCGGGCUGAAUUCAAUGACUUCGAUUCGU